AUGGCGCCCAAGAUUGCAAUUGUCUACUACUCCAUGUACGGCCACAUCAAGAAGCUGGCCGAUGCUGAGCUCAAGGGUAUCCAGGAGGCUGGUGGUGACGCCAAGCUCUUCCAGGUUGCCGAGACCCUUCCCGAGGAAGUCCUCCAGAAGAUGUACGCCGGCCCCAAGGCUGCCGAUGUCCCCGUCCUUGAGGACCCCGCUGUCCUCGAGGAGUUCGACGGUAUCCUCUUCGGUAUCCCUACUCGUUACGGAAACUUCCCCGCCCAGUUCAAGGCUUUCUGGGACAGGACUGGCAAGCAAUGGCAGCAGGGAAGCUUCUGGGGCAAGUACGCUGGUCUCUUUGUCUCCACCGGUACCCAGGGUGGUGGCCAGGAGAGCACCUGCUUGGCUGCCAUGAGCACCCUCGCCCACCACGGCUUCAUCUACGUGCCAUUGGGCUACAAGACCACAUUCGCCGACCUUGCCAACCUAAACGAGGUUCACGGUGGCUCCGCCUGGGGCGCUGGUACCUUUGCUGGCGGUGACGGUUCCCGCCAGCCCUCUGAGCUCGAGAUCAGGGUCGCCGUUGCCCAGGGCAAGGCCUUCUACGAGGCCGUUGCCAAGGCUCACCAGUGA